AUGGCCCUGGUCCAGCCACUUCUUCCAACCAGCCGGCGCGUUGGAGCUUCCAAGUCGCGGUCCGGAUGCAAAACCUGCAAAAUUCGGAAAGUCAAAUGCGGAGAGGAAAAGCCAGCCUGUCUCCGCUGCUCAACCACUGGACGCAAAUGUGAGUAUGACGGCGGAGUCACGUCUUCUCCCCCCGCUUCCUCGACCCAGUCCUCUCUGAUUGUGACCCGCACUCUAUCUUUGUCUCCAAAUUCAGGACGGCGGGAGCGUCGCGCCUUUGAGUACUAUUUCCAGCAUGCUGCGCAGUUUCUUGCCGGUGGAAUGGAUGUGGAUUUUUGGACAGGCGUGGUUCCCCAGAUCUGCCGCAGCGAGCCUGCUGUGUGGGACGCGAUGAUCUCCAUCAGCGCCCUGUUCGAAAAUCCGGACCAGUGCCCAGAUUUCACAUUUUUAAGGCAGCAACAAACGGGCUCUCUCACACUCCCGCAGAAUCAUAAAGAUGCCUUGAUGUGGUACUCGCGUUCGAUGUCUAGCAUUCACGAGCAGAUUGAGCGCGGCACCGCAGACCCCUACAUCGCCCUGAUUAGCUGUGUGCUAUUCAUCAGUAUAGAGAUCGUCCAGGGGCGUUUGGAGGAGGCUCUCCAGCUCUACUGGCAGGGCGUGAGUCUCAUUCAGGACCUACGGACCAAUGCUCAUUUUGCAGCAUCUGCCACAAAGGCGGCUCUCCUCGAAAACACUAUCAUUCCUCUAUUUAUGCGUCUGAAUACCAUUGCCCUCACUAUUUCUGGAACACCAGCCAGCGAGAUUCUCACAUUUGCGGAAAGCCACAUGGUCCAGGGAUUCACCUCUCUAGACUCGGCUCGACUAGCCAUUGUCGCUCUCUCUGCAGAAGCAAUGCUCUUCGAGCGCGAGACAUACUUGCAUAUCAUGGCCGUUGCUGGUGACUCUCGAGUGGACCCUGAGUUUCUUACUAGACAACAUAAUCUCCAAGCUCGUCUCGAUCACUGGCUCCGCGCAUACACCAACUUGGUUGAGGCUCUCCUCCCCCUCAGCUACGAUGCCCAUCUACCCACUUUUCAAAUGAUCGUCGAGCAAGCCAGUCUCAUUCUCAGCAUCUCGGCGGGACCCGACGGUGCUCAGCCUCCUUUUACGUUUGAAAUGGGAGUUGGUCUUCCACUCUAUUUGACCGCAUUGCGGUGCCGUGAUCCGAUCCUCCGACGGAGAGCAUUACAUCUACUGCGCCAGUCGCCCAAGGUGCAAUCUUUUUUCAAGUGCACGCCAGUUGCAUUGUUUGCAGAAGUCAUUAUGAACCUGGAAGAGAGAUACAGUGCGUCGCUACGCAGUACAGGCUCAACAGACCAUGACGAUAGUUUGGCACCGCUAUCAAGUCGUAUUCCGGAGGAGGCUCGCAUUAUUUCUGCUGGCGUUUUUAAACCACAAAAUGGCCCCCCACAUGGGUAUCCCGCCGAUGAAUUCGCAGAAUGGCUGGAGGGUGAAUUUCGAAACUGGAAUCGGAAUCCGGAUCAACUUGUCUUGAGAUUUUGCAGGGGCCAGCACUACCCAGAGCAUGACACAUGGCGCUUGACUUGGGAAAAUGUGCCCAUUUGA